CCCGCGAUGCCAUGUGUGGGGCUUCGGCUCUGCGGCUCGGGAGCCGAUCGGUCAGCUCCUUCAUUGCCCCUUCCUAGCCGACACCCACCAAAACCCCGCCUCCCUUGGUCCAGUUCUUCGGGAGAUUCACCUUGUUCGCUAGCGUUUUCGCCCAAGUCUUCCGGACCAGGGAGACUUUGAUUGCCUUGGAGCCGUAUUUUCCUUCGUUCGUCAUCUUGCAGUCUGUUAAUAGCCUCAAGUUUAUAGCAUUUAUCCAUCUGUUCUUGAUCUCUUGUUCUGUUGCUUCGGCUUUUUCUUGGAUUACACGUUCGCAUCUCAGCCUCCAUAUUAGGCUAUGAUUGACCCGAAGGUCGGGUUUAGGUCUUUACCGGUUUUCAUCUGCCAUAUCCGGUUCGCCAGCGCCCAUAUCUGCUUCUGGCCGGCUGCGUUGCAGCGCAGGAGGAUGUGCUCCAUUGACUCGAUUACGUCAUCUCCACAGAUGUUGCACGUUGCUUUCUCUUUGUGUCCUGGGAUCUUGGUCCAGUGGUGACCUACUUUGUACGCUCCGUGGAUUGUCAUCCACAUGAAGUAUCUUAUACUUCUCGAGAAGUCUUUGUUUCUGACGCCCUUCCAGAUCUGUUGUUCGGUCGCUUCGGUCGCCUCUGUGUGGUCUUCGUUCACCGCUUCUGUGGCUCCCAUUGCCAGGUCUAUGUUUUUUCUUGUGGUCUUCCUCUCGAGGGCAUCUUGGUAUCUGUCGUUCUUCAUUUUGAUUUUCCUGAUUAUUUUGUAUGCUAGGGAUUGGGUCAUCGUUGCUAGUUUUGCGCCGUGUAUUUUAAGGUUUUCGUUUACCUGGGUGUCGAUGAUGUCUGGGUCGUUCUUUUUUCGUCCGAUAUCGGCUAAUUUGUCGGCCUUCUCGUUUCCGUCAAUGCCUGAGUGGCCUUUGACCCAGGAAGAAUCCUUCGUCUUGGAUUUUGGUAAGGUUCUUCGUGAGGGUGUUUAUUGUAUACAUCGAAUCUGUGUAUAUGUGGAGAGAUGGGCCAAAUUCGUUUGGUAUUCUGAUAGAUCUGUUCCGUUCGUCGUUGUCUCCGAAGAAGAUUCCUGAACCUGCCUCUGUGUUAUUUUUCCCAUUGUUUGUUGCCGAACCGUCUGUGUACACUGUGAGCCUUUCGUGGUUAUUCUUUGGUCGAUCUCGGUGGUUUUUGAGUUUUCGUCCUGUGGCGCUUGUGGUACUAAUUGUUCUUCGUAGUCUUCGGGUUGUCUUUUUCUGGGGUCCCAUUUUGGGUCUAGUGAGUCGAGCAUUUCUUCUGCCUUUUGGAAGCAUUUGUAUGGGUUGGUACAUCCUGUUAUGGUUUUCGUUAUGGUGCAUGCGUUACACCUGCAGUUUUUCUUCUUUGUGUGUCUUCGCGUACUAUUUUUACUUGCCAGUUCUACUGCCUCUCGGACGUAUUUUAUUUUGUGUUUUUCCUUUAGACAUUUGAUUACGUGUUUGUUUGUCGUCCACAGUUUGGGGUUGC